UUUGAUCGGUAACUUUGUUUCAUCCCCGUUUUAUCUGCGCAGCUGUUUUGGUUCAAGGUAUUGUAAAUUGCUUGUAUUUGAUCCGUUUAGAGCCGCUUAUCGCUACAUUAUUUGAGUAAUUACGCGGCACUUCAAAUAGUGUUUCUGAGCGACGCUAGUUUAAAACUGCUGCUUUCUAGAACUUCUUCAGAAAGUGCAUUCUCCUCGGCGUGACUAGAGCUUCACUUCCGUCCCUCUGAGUAGCUAGUCUAAGUAUUGUUUUGCUUGUUAGUUGUGUCUUGUGGCCUUAAUUUGCCUUAGUUUCUUUAAAUUAGUCGUCUUUGCUUGUUGCGUCGUCAUAUUAGUGAUUUGUAGCCAGCUGUUUUUACCGGUUAAACUCCUAGUCUUGAUUGAUUGUCAGCUGUGCAAUAUUGGUAGUAAUUAGUAUCGCGUAAGUCUUUGAUCGGUAACUUUGUUUCAUCCCCGUUUUAUCUGCGCAGCUGUUUUGGUUCAAGGUAUUGUAAAUUGCUUGUAUUUGAUCCGUUUAGAGCCGCUUAUCGCUACAUUAUUUGAGUAAUUACGCGGCACUUCAAAUAGUGUUUCUGAGCGACGCUAGCGUCGCUCCUCCUCAGUUUUAUGCAAGCUCUUCCCAUCUCUGUCUGCUCUCUGCCCUACAGCACCCGGUUCCAAAGACGUGGCCCCCCUAAGCGACGGAACCCAGCUAACCUCUCCUACCCCCAGCUGUCUCCCUGCAAUAACUGCACAGUUGCUGGAGGACUUUGGAACUGCCAGUCUGCUUCAAAGAAGGCUGAUUUCAUCUCAGCCUAUGCCUCCCUGCUCUCCCUUGAUUUCCUUGCCCUCACUGAGACAUGGAUCACCCCAGAGAACACUGCAACCCCUGCUGCCCUCUCCUCUUUCUUUUCAUUCUCCCACACUCCCCGACCAUCAGGCCGUGGUGGUGGCACUGGUCUUCUAAUCUCUCCCUCCUGGAAAUACUCAGCCCUACCUCUCUCUGACCUACCCCGAUUCAGUUUUGAAUACCAUUCUGUUUCAAUCACCUGUCCAACUAAUCUAUACAUUGUUGUCAUUUAUCGCCCCCCAGGUCCACUGGGAAACUUCAUCGAUGAGCUGGAUAUCCUACUCAGCUCUUUCCCUGAGGACGGCACCCCACUGAUCCUGCUUGGAGAUUUCAACCUCCACCUGGAAACAUCCCAGUCUUCAGCUGUCCUACAUCUCCUCCACUCCUUUGACCUCUCCCUACAGUCAUCUCCCCCUACCCACAAGGCGGGCAACCUCCUCGACCUGGUUUUUCUGAGGAAUAGCCCUUGCACCGAUAUCACUGUAACCCCUCUGCACACCUCUGACCACCACUUCGUUUCCUUCUCCCUCCCCCUUGCUCCCUCUCACCCACCUUCUCCUCCCACACCCAGUGUAUCUGUCCGCCGCAAUCUCUGCUCCCUCUCAACCUCCUCUCUUGCUUCAUCUGUCACUGCUGCCCUCCCUCCUCUCGAAUCCUUCACUACCCUCCCCACUGAUUCUGCAUCCACCUCCCUACUUUCCUCCCUUACAUCUGCUCUUGACUCCCUCUGCCCCACUGUCUCUAGGCCAACACGUCCAUCUCCUCCCCGCCCGUGGAUGUCCAAUGCCAUACGCACCUCCAGGGUUGGACUCCGUACAGCAGAGAGGAAGUGGAGGACAUCCAGAGAUGCUUCAGACCUCUCUGCCUACCAAUCCCUCCUUGCAGCGUUCUCCUCCACGGUGACUGCUGCCAAGGCAAUCUCACCCGAGAUUCUCCCAUUCAUCACCUCCCUGGUUAACUCCUCCCUGACAUCCGGCUGCUUCCCGUCAACCUUCAAGAAGGCCCUCAUCUCCCCCCUCCUGAAAAAGACUACACUAGACCCCUCCAUCAUUGGGAACUACAGACCGGUAUCUCUCCUUCCAUUUCUGUCAAAAACCAUUGAACGUGCUGCAUCAAAUCAACUCUCUGUGUUUCUUUCACAGAAUGAGCUCCUCGAUCCCCAUCAGUCUGGAUUCAGACCAGGCCACUCGACAGAGACCGCACUCCUCUCUGUCAACGAAGCUCUCCACGCAGCCCGAGCAGCCUCCCUCUCCUCCGUCUUAUUACUUCUGGACCUAUCGGCAGCCUUCGACACAGUCGACCACCCCACCCUCCUGUCCUCCCUAUCUGCAAUGGGAUCUGUGGCACAGUCCUCAAUUGGAUUGAGUCUUACCUCUCAGAUCGCUCCUUCCAGGUAGCCUGGGCUGGUAAAGUAUCUGCGCCACACCCCCUCAUCACCGGAGUCCCACAGGGCUCGGUCCUUGGUCCUCUCCUCUUCUCUCUCUACACCCAGUCCCUUGGCCCUGUCAUCACAGCUCAUGGUAUGUCU